UCGUUCUUAAAGAUUCUCUUAGAUUCCUUCGUCUCUCUUCUCUUGAUCUUCCCUCCAAGAAGGAGAGAAGAACAAAUGGAGAUGUCUCUUCCAGCGAUUUCUCUUGCGAUCUUCCUGCUGCUCGCGAGCGUGUGUGAUGCUUCGUACUACCGCGAGAAGAAGAACAAGUACGUCGAUGAGAAGUAUCAUAACAGGGGAUCAUACUACUUCAACAAGUACUACGGCUACGCCUACAAAUUCAAGCGAUCCCCGCCGCCGCCGCCGCCGCCAAUGAGGAAGAAACCAUCCCCGAAGCCGUCGCCCUGGCCGAGCACUCCAUCCAUCCCAGCGCCGCCACAAUCGAGCCUGGCGGCCCAGUUCAUGAUGCCCCAGAACGAUGCGCGCGCGCGAUUGGGAUUGAGGCCACUCAUCUGGGAUUCCAAGCUCCAGGCAUUCGCGGAGGAUUGGGCGAACCAGCGCGCGAGAUAUGGGAAUUGCUACCUCCAGCACUCGAAUGGGCCUUACGGCGAGAACAUCUUUUGGGGCGGCGGCAAGGCCUGGAGCCCGGCCGAGGCCGCCAAUGCCUGGAUCGAGGAGCGCAAUUGGUACAACUAUGGAUCCAACUCGUGCCAAUCCGGGCAGCAGUGCGGCCACUACACCCAGAUCGUGUGGAGGGAUUCCGAGAGGAUUGGAUGCGCGCGCGUUACUUGCAGCAGUGGUGAUGUUUUCAUGACUUGCAACUACGAUCCUCCCGGGAACUACAUUGGCGAGAAACCCUACUGAUUGAUUCGAUCGAUCCGGAUCUAUCAAAUCGAGAAAGAAGAGUUGACCAUUGAAUAAGUUUGACCAUAGACGCCCGGUCAACUGCUGAGGUGUCGCAUUAUUUAGUUGAUAUAAAACGGAAUAAAGAAUUUUACCAUUUCUUC